CUCAGCCCCCGCCCGCUCUCUCGCCCCCAGCCCCCCAUCCAGGUGUACGGGCUGGAAGGGCGCUAUGCCACCGCGCUGUACUCCGCCGCCACCAAGCAGAAGAAGCUGGAGCAGGUAGAGAAGGAGCUGAGCCGAGUAUGGACUCUUUUGAAGGACCCCAAGCUAUCCAGUGUUGUUAUGAACCCUCAUACCAAGAGCGCAGUUAAACAAAAAGCUGUGAAUGAUGCUUUAGCAAAAGAGAAGAUGUCCCCUAUUACUGUAAACCUGAUGAAUUUGCUUGCUGAAAACGGUCGCUUGCGUUCCACUCCAGACAUUGUUUCUGCAUUCGGAAAGAUCAUGAGCGCGUAUCGAGGAGAAGUGCUGUGCACAGUCACCACUGCACAGCCCUUGGAUGAUGCCAGCCUUACUGAGCUAAAAAGUGCUCUGAGUGGAUUCUUGGCUAAGGGAGAAAUCUUAAAGCUGGAGACCAAGACUGAUCCGUCGAUCCUUGGUGGCAUGAUUGUCAAUAUUGGGGAGAAGUACGUGGACAUGUCAACAAGGUCAAAGAUCCAGAAGCUCACCAAAAUCAUGAGAGAGACUGUCUAGCUAGCUGUCCUCGUCAUUCACAGUGAAACCUGUCAGAUGGAAACAAUAAAAUUAUUUCUUCU